CGCCGUGAGACAGAUUUGCACUCCCGACGAGUUCAUUCCUGUUCAGCAUCAGGACGAAAACUCGUGGCGCCGUGAGACAGAUUUUCCCUCGUGACACAACGAUGCGAUCAUUAUUCAACUGGACACCACGUUCUCAGCCAUGCAACCUUUUACCUUCCUUGCGCUCGUCUCGAUGGCGUCGACCGCCGCCGCCCAAGCCUGCACAGCCACCGGCACGAACGUCACCGUGAGUGGUUUCGUCAUGGACAACUUCUGCAUCCAGCGGGGCAACCUUGUCGACAACCCAUCCGUCAUUACGCUCAAGGGCCCCGACGUGCACACAAUCCACUGCCUCAUCGACCUCACGCCGUGCGUCGAGUCCAAGUAUACGCUGCUGGCUCCGCCCGCGAACGGGUCCGACUUGUACUCGGUCAAGUACCAACUGGGCGACGCCGGCUCGGCGCUGGCGAGGGCUGCGGCGCGGGGUGCGCGUUCUUUGGGUGGCAAGACUGGGUUCAGCGUGACUGUGACUGGAAUCGACGACGGCACACCCGAGCUCAAGUGCGUCGACAUCUCCAAGACUGUGAUUGCCGAUGGCAAGACGCUGACGUUGGCGGCGAUUCCCGCCAGCACCGGUGUCUCGUCGCUGGCGUUGCCUAGUGUGGUCGCUGCUGUUGGCGCUGUCAUCGUGGCAUUCGCGUUCUAAUUAAUGCCUGGUAGAACAGAGCCAUCUGCUUGCUCGAGCUUCAUCCAAAUGAAUGUAUCUAUAUAUUUGAUGCCUGUGA